CCCAGCACCGAUCGUCCUGAGCUCGUCGGCUCUUUCCGCCCGACCUCGCGUUGUUCGCCGGGUCACGCCGCCACCACCUCCUUUGCCGCCAAGGCUCUCCGGACUCGGUAGGCUCCCCGCUGAUCAGUCGAUCGCUCUCUCGCUAGCUCCAUAGCCUCCAUCUCCCAGCGAUAUCAUGCGUCAGGCCGACUCUCAGACGCAGCCCUCUCCCGCAGAGCAGGAGAUGCUGCAGCCUGCAGGGCCCUCCAACAGCUCGCCGCCCACCAUGGGCCCGCAGCAAACAGGUAGCAGGAAGCGGAAAGCCGCCGAGGUCGAUCAGGGCGCCGGGACUUCUUCCUCGCCAGGCCCUGCAGCGGCGAUGGCGACAGUUGGGGCGGGCAAUGCGGAGGGGUCCUUGAUGCUGACCAAGAGGCCGCGGCAGCCCAUAGCUCACCUCUCCAUGGUGAACUACCUGAAGGGCCGCGCGCUAGCUGAUGUACCUGGGGUUCCGCAGGCUUCAGGGUGAUCCUGCGCAGUUGGCGGGUCCUCAGGGCUGCCCGAGCUGCUGAGGGAGAGCGCCAUACUGACCCUAGGCCCACUCAACAAGGUGUUCGCAUCGCAGUGGCUAAAUGCCAGGCAGGUGGUGUGUGGCACCAAGUGCAACACUCUCUUCGUGGUUGAUGUCAAAACCGACCACAUCAUGCGCAUUCCUCUGAUGCGCGACAGGGUGCCCGACCUGUCCCGUGGCCCGCCCUCCUGUGGCAUUCAUGCUGUGGAGCUGAAUCCCUCCAAGACCCUCUUGGCCACUGGAGGUGAAAAUCCCAACAGCCUGGCAGUAUACCAGUUGCCCACUCUGGAUCCGGUGUGCCUAGGAGAUUGCCAAGGCCACAGGGACUGGAUCUUUGCCAUUGCAUGGAUGAGUGACACUGUGGCUGUGAGUGGCUCCCGGGAUGGCACCGUGGCGCUUUGGAAGGUGGAUCCUGACAUGUUCAAUGGCAGCAUUGCUUGGCACAAGGAUGCAGGGCUCCCUGUGUAUGCUCACAUCAGUCCUACAGAUAUGGAGGCCAUCCCCAAAGCCACUACCAAUCCAGGUAACCGCAAAGUGCGAGCACUCGCCUUCAGCAACAAAAACCAGGAGCUGGGAGCCGUGUCCCUGGAUGGCUACUUCCACCUGUGGAAAGCCCGAAGCUCCCUGUCCAGGCUGCUGUCCCUGAGGCUGCCCUACUGCCGUGAGAACGUGUGUCUCACCUACUGUGAUGAGUUUUCCCUCUAUGCCGUGGGUUCCCAGUCUCACGUUUCCUUCCUGGAUCUCCGCCAAGGCCAGCAGAACAUCCCUCCACUGUGCUCCAGAGAGGGAGGCACCGGCGUGCGUUCUCUGAGUGUCCACCAGCAUAUCGUCACCGUGGGAACAGGCCAUGGUUCUCUGCUCUUCUAUGACAUCCGUGCUCAGAAGUUCCUGGAGGAAAGAUCCGCGGCCAAUCCAGACAUGUUUCCCGUGCCCUCUGGAAGGAAGCUCAAGCUCACCUGUGGCAGCGGCUGGAUCAACCAGGAUGAUCUCCUCGAGAAUUAUGUUGCUGGUGUAGAAGAUUUCCCCAACGCACUCUACACCCACUGCUACAACUGGCCGGAAAUGAAGCUCUUCGUAGGAGGGGGACCACUGGCCUCAGGCCUCCAUGGCAACUACGCAGGCCUCUGGAGCUAAGAGUGAUGCGACUCCUUCUCAAAGUGGAACUGGCCCAGAGUAUCCAGUGCGCUUCUCAGUAGAGAGAAAGAGAUGGAACCUUCAGAAGUUGGCUUUGAGAAUUUUCUGGACUUCCCCACCAUUCUUUGGACUUUCCAUGCAUAUACUUUCCACUAAUUCUUGCUGUGUUGUUUUCGAGUGAGUGAUCCAUGUAGUCUAUUAUGGAAAAAAAAUCCUGUUAUAAUGUUAGAAUUGUGUAAGUGUUGUGUUACUAUGAUUAGCAGUUUUAAAGCUAUUGUUUUUGGUUUUCAUCUCGUGUGAUAUAUUUAGAAUAUUUUCUAAUAAACAGAGUUUGAACAUCUGUUCUGGAGCACUAAUCAUAGUUUUGUAGCAUUGGUCCAAUU